AUGGGUUUGAUUGAUUUGAUCACUAGGGUUGAUUCCAAAUGCAAAAAGUACGAGAAGUACGAUAUCGAUAAACAGAGAGAAGCUAAUAUCUCCGGCGACGAUGCUUUCUCUCGUCUCUACUCCGCCGUCGAAUCUGCCCUCGAAACUGUUCUUCAGAAAACGGAGGAUUUGUCGUCUGAGACAAAUAGAGCGAAAUCGGUGGCGAUGAACGCAGAGAUUCGAAGAACGAAAGCUCGAUUGCUCGAUGGAAUUCCAAAACUUCAAAGACUUGCUCUCAAAAAGGUCAAAGGGAUUUCAAAGGAAGAGCUUGAAGGUAGAAAUGAUUUGGUUUUGUCAUUGAGAGAUAAGCUUGAAGCCAUACCAGAAGUCUUUGCUCCUGUAAAUGGUUGGGCAGCUUCAACAUCGUAUUCGAACAUCAGGUUCGAUACUAAUGUCUCAGAUCAUAGAAUGGAUAGUGAAUAUUUCAAGCAGAAGUCUCUAAACAAGCAGGAUCAAGGAUUGGAUUUCAUAUCUGAAGGAUUGGAUACACUCAAGAAUAUGGCUCAGGACAUCAAUGAGGAACUUGAUAGACAAGAACCACUCAUGGAUGAAAUAGAUAUAAAGAUUGACAAGGCAACUACUGACUUGGAAAGCACCAAUGUGAGGCUCAAAGAUACUGUAACAAAGCUAAGAUCAAGCCGGAAUUUCUGCAUUGACAUCAUCCUCUUAUGCAUACUCCUGGGAAUCGCUGCCUUCAUUUACAACUCGGUGAAGUGA